CCCCGCGCAUGCGCAAAGGCCAGUCACGGCGGCAGAGUCCGGCCAAAGGCGACUCGGGAAUCCUGGCGUGAAGGCAAAUCUUCUGGGCUGAAUGGGGCGGAGCUUAAACUUGGAACUGGGAGUCCUGCAGGAAGAUGUUGAAUCAACCUUGUGUUCCUGAAAUAAAUUCUCUUGGUCAUGAUGGGAUCUCACUAUGUUGCCCAGGCUUGCCUUGGGCUCAAGAGAUUCUGUAUCAACCUCUGGAGUAGCUGGACUACAGGAGCACACCACCACAUCCAGCUCUUCUCUUGAUUUUAAAGGAAUUCAACUUGCCAUACAUAUAUCCUUUGCCUCAACCUUCAAGCAGCUUUUGCCUAACAUUUAUCAACAUAGCAAUUUGCUCUUCCUUCUGACAUCUUUAGGCGGGGCUUCCGCUUCCGGCGGGGCCGUCCCUAGCGGCAGAGAUGGCGGCAACAGCAGCUGAGGCUGCAGCUUCGGGAUCUGGAGAGCCCCAGGAAGAGGCUGAAGCCCUGGGCCCCGCCUGGGAUGAAUCGCAGUUGCGCACUUAUAGCUUCCCGACCCGGCCCAUCCCGCGUCUGAGUCAGAGCGACCCCCGGGCGGAGGAGCUCAUCGAAAAUGAGGAACCUGUAGUGCUGACUGACACAAAUCUUGUGUAUCCUGCUCUAAAAUGGGAUCUUGAAUACCUACAAGAGAAUAUUGGCAACGGGGACUUUUCCGUGUACAGUGCCAGCACUCACAAGUUCUUGUACUAUGAUGAGAAGAAGAUGGCUAAUUUCCAGAACUUUAAACCGAGGUCCAAUAGGGAGGAAAUGAAAUUUCAUGAAUUUGUUGAGAAACUGCAGGAUAUACAGCAGCAAGGUGGGGAUGAGAGGUUGUAUCUGCAGCAAACACUCAAUGACACUGUGGGCAGGAAGAUCGUCAUGGACUUCUUGGGUUUUAACUGGAACUGGAUUAAUAAGCAACAGGGAAAACGUGGCUGGGGGCAGCUGACCUCUAACCUGCUGCUCAUUGGCAUGGAAGGAAAUGUGACACCUGCUCACUAUGAUGAGCAACAGAACUUCUUUGCCCAGAUAAAAGGCCAUAAGCGAUGCAUCUUAUUCCCUCCGGAUCAGUUUGAGUGCCUCUAUCCAUAUCCUGUUCAUCACCCAUGUGACAGACAGAGCCAGGUGGACUUUGACAAUCCUGACUACGAGAGGUUCCCCAAUUUCCAAAACGUGGUUGGUUAUGAAACAGUGGUUGGCCCUGGUGAUGUUCUUUACAUCCCAAUGUACUGGUGGCAUCACAUAGAGUCAUUACUUAAAGGGGGAAUUACCAUCACUGUGAACUUCUGGUAUAAGGGGGCACCUACCCCUAAGAGAAUUGAAUAUCCUCUCAAAGCUCAUCAGAAAGUUGCCAUAAUGAGAAACAUUGAAAAGAUGCUUGGAGAGGCUUUGGGGAACCCACAAGAGGUGGGACCUUUGUUGAACACAAUGAUCAAGGGCCGAUACAAUUAGCCUGCCAGGGGUCCAGGCCUCCUGCCAGGUUACUGCUAUCCCGUCCACACCGCUUCGUUGAUGAGGACAGGAGACUCCAAGCACUAGUAUUGCACGCUGCACUUAAUGGACUGGACUCUUGCCAUGGCCCUGGAGGCAGGUGUUUGGGGCAAGGCAGGGUGGUUGGCACUCCACUCCCAUUUGGAGGAACUUCUCACCCUUGCCUCUUGUGCCCCAUCACUCUCCCUCUCUGACCCCCUAAAGUUCUGCAUUCAGUGUGUGGAGUCCCAGCUUCUGGUUGUUAUCACGUCUGUGUUUGUUAGUCUGUCAACUUCAGGGUGUAUGUGUGUGUGUGUAUGUGUGCAUGCACACACAUAAUGUUUCUGUUCAUCGUUCUCUUCUUCUGGGUCUGGCUCUCAGCCCUAUCUCCUGUAACCUCAGUGCCUCAGCCUGAGAGAGGAGAUGCUCUUGGACCUCCACUGCAACUGGGCUGUAGGGACAGAGUCCAACUCUUAGGCCAAUCUGUCUCCUGCCAGUUUUUGCAGUCAGGCUCUAGACUGGGUAGGAAUGGCUACUGGUACUCUAAGGGGGAGAUUGAAAGGGAGGCUUGCCUUUGAGAGCCUAAAUAUAAAUAGCCUUCCAGUGGGAGAGGAUUAGAUAGGGUUCCAGCUGGGACCACCAAGCUUAAGCCAUACAUAGAAAGGAACCUUGGAACAUAAGAACCUAACAUUGUGUAUACGUUCCAAAUUAUAAACACAAUUUUUCUCUUUCAGCACCAGCUCUUGCCCCUCUGCUAGGUAUCAGCAGGGGUUCUAGCUGUGGCUUCUCUAGGCUCUAGGGGUACAAGCUUGUGUGUAUGUGUGUGCGCCUGUAUGUGCACACUCACGCAUAUACUUCUUUACACACUGGUAUGCAUGUGUACACACUGGCCAGCCUCCCUGUUUACUAAGGUUCUCUACAGCUUACCUUUUCCAGUGUGAUAAUACAGUGUGAGCCCCCAGAAGUACUACCUGACAGCCUGCAGCUUUUUAACUCGGAUUUUAGCCAUCAUAUGUUGGUUCAGUCUCACUACAACCUACCUGAGGCUGACUGGCUAAAGCCUCUGGGUCCUAUGUCCUUCCCUGUCCAGGCCAUAUUCUCUACUGCUGAGCUUCCUGGCUGAGUAGAUGAAAUGGGGUCAAGCUUAGGCAGCUAACUCACUACCUGUCAUUCACCUCAGGGCAAGGGCAAAAAAUGUAGCCUUGCCUGUUUAAGCCAGCGCCUCUGCCAGACCCCGCUGUAAUGUUCCCUGAUACCCUCAGUAGGGUAAUUGGUAGAGCAUGGAAGUAGUUUCAUUUUCUAUUAGUAGCUACUCAUGGGAACCCCUCUCAGGGCUGCAUUUACAGCAGGGCAGCAGAGUAUUACACAAGUCAAAGGGCCAUCAUUCACAUCUAUUCAGUGGAAGUGAAGCCCUUGGAAUUGGGCAGAAUGGUAGUAAGAGUCUACUUACUUCCAGUUCCAUCUUUGACAUCCUUUUCUUUUUGGAAGGGAAGAGGAAAUUGGAAGUCUCUGAUUUUAUUCCCUCCCGCCAUUUUUAUUUUUUCGGCCAAAGGUUUUACUUCCAGUGUCUGAGCUGUGGCUCUCACUCCUGAAUCUCAGUUUACAGUGCCCUGAUGGACUGAGAAGAUAUAUGUGUGCAUGUGCGCACCUGUGUGUGUAUUUUGGGGAGGGUGUUCAUUUUAGUACCCCAUCCUGGGGUUUUCUGAUACAGUAUGGUUGUGCAGACAUGGUACCUUCUCAAGUAUAGCCCUUUCAAAUACAGCCAAUGCUGGGAAAUGUGAUUGCAGUGAACUCCAUGCCUCCAUCUCUCUGGGGAAAGAGGAGUGCAGCAAGAGAAAGACAGAGGAUAAAUUUGACCAUAAUCACACUUGGAAAGAGCAGAUUAUUUUCAUUCUCCUCAGCAGGUUUGCUGCAUUCCUGGCUCAUCCCUCAAAGAGGUGGAUGAGAUGAAGCAGGGCAUCAGGUGCCACCUGGUUGGUCCUCGCAGGGUGCUGUUCUAACACAGGUCUGACCUAAGGUGGUUAAGAGGGAGAGAACCUUUGCAGGAUUGUUCCUGAUCCUUGAGAAAUUAUAAUAGCCACCCUGAUUUUUAGACACCUAAUAUGUGCCUAGUGCUUUGAUCUUUGUUCCUCACUAUCCUGCAAGGUAGGUAUUCUCACUUUACAGAUGAAGAAAUGGGCUCAAAGAGAUUAAGUUAUUAGUGGCAAUCAAGAUUGAAACCUAGUCUGUUUGGCUGCAAACCCUUGCUCCUUCCUUUCCACCAAAUUGUUGAUUCUUCCACCUUUAUUCCCUUGUGCCACAGCCCUGCCCCUAGGCCUUACCUUCUAGUGGCUGCUUACAGGUGCAGUCCAAGGGGGUGAAGAUCCAGCUUGGGGUGAUACCCCUAUAUAGAUUAUAGCUAAAGACAUGGGAAACUGCUUGGGAAGUCAUAUUACAGGUUAGGAAUGCUAGGAGCAGCUAUGGGGGAAUGAGCUCUGUUUUUUAUUGUGUUACGGUAUGUCCUUGAAUAGGUUCCAUAGGCCUUCCUAGUGUGCUUCUGCAUCAUAGAAUUGAAGCUCUAAUUCUAGAUGAUCCAUAGUUUUGAUUCAUAGUCUGCUGCUCCCCUACCCAAGGGAAAGACAUGGGAGCUCUUCCCUUUACUCACCUAGAGUAGGACUAUUUAGAUUCAAGUUUUGUUAGCAGAUGAAACAUUACUGCUACAUUGUUGCCCCCAUCCCAGCCAGUAGCACAGGAAGCCACAUACCAAGGAAAAGGAGGACUGGGGCCUCUCUAGAGGUCAGCCAUGCAGCAAGCUCUCAUUUUUAUACCAAUAGGUAGAGAGGGAAUACUGUUUUGCAAAGUCAAAUAUUUGUUGGGGGGUUGGAGUUUGGGGGUGGAGGAAGGGCUGUUCUGGGCAUCAGUUGAGCAGAUGCCCAGGAUGCCUGGGGGAGACCAGCUUCCCCUACAAAUCAGAGCUCUAAAUUACAAGGUUUUUACCAACGCGAACAGUUGGGGGAAGUCGUCUGCUCUCAUUUGCGUAAUGGUUUCUGUCACUGGUGAUUAGACACAGGAUGAAGGAAAAGAAAUUUGACAAUUAGGAAUGAGCGAUCAUUAAUCUGAAUCUGUUAGAAGACAGAGAGGGGAAGGAUCCUUACCAGUAGGCCAGCCCAGUGUGGGGAGACACUCCCUCUGUCCCCCAGAGAAUUCUGAGCCAGAUACCCUUUCAGUGUUACCACAAGUGGGCAGAGAUUGUAUUUCUUAACAGACUAGGGGCCUGUUUCUCAGCCUGAGAUGGAUACAGAAACAGACAUCUUUGGGUUUGAGCCAACAGAGAUAGAGAUAGAUGGGUGUCCCAGAGAAGCCUUAGGGUAAAGAAUAACAGUUUUUUGUUUGUGGGAGAUGUUUCUAUAGUAGUCAAUACUCUUGAUCCCCCCACCUGUGAUAAGUAUUUGUCACAUUCCAGCACAUCAGGGUGUGUGAAUAAAACCUGCUCUUUAUGAAACUCCAGGAAUUUCUGCUUAGUUGGAGAGGAAACCACAUGAGAGAAGCAAAGGUUCUCAUCCAUAUGUAUUGUACACCAAUGUGGAGAGAGGAGGAAGAUGGGUAGAGAGAACAGCUUUCUAGGUUCCUUGAAGCUCUGGACUCUCCAGGUAGGGACCUCAUCCCAGACCUCUCCCAUCAACAUUGAUCCCCCCCUAACACACACAGCUGUGGCUGUGUGGAGAGCACUGAAAUCCCUGGCUCAAACCUGUGACCUAAUAGUGAGGUUAACUGCUCAGUUUUAGGAUAUGGAGAAAGGAUCCUAACAAGAUCUUUUCAUGUCUGUUACCUCAUCUCACCUCUCUUCUCUGUCCCUUCAAACUUCAAGGACAUUAGUAAUUGGCACCAAGUGGUAUUUGUUCCUCAGAAAGCUCCUUAGAUCAGAGGCUCCCUCAAGUGAAGGCAGUGGGUCUCUCGGAAAGUGAAGUUGCCAACAAUUAGGCUGUAUCUCCUCCAUAAGUUCCUUACCUGUGGCUCUUCUACCCUUCAAUAUCUGGUGCAGAAUUUAACAAGGGCUGCUGUCAGUGACCCUCAGUUACCAGUUGUAAAUAAAUGGGAUGGAUAGUGGGGUGUGUCUGGUUGUAACUGAGGGAGUUUGAGAAGUUCUUGCCUUUCAAUGCAUGUCCCCCUUCUUUGAGACCUCCAGCUGUUUGUCCUCUGUCCCUGCUCACUUACCUUUUGUGUCUUCUCAGAUUGCAUGUUCUAAAGGAAUGUUCCAGCUUCCUUUUCCAGAGCUUUCCCCUAGUUUCUACUCAGCUUCUUUCUGCUCAGGCUCUCCAGUGGCCCCUUCACCAAAGCGUUUUUCCCAAUUGUCCUUCCCUCAGAAACUCCACUGGUUUUGUGUUUGGAUAGAUCGUCUCUAGGAUCCCUCUCUCUGGGGUCAUUCCUGUUUCUCUUGGGUCCGUCUUCUGUUUCUGACCUCAGGUAGCUCUGUUGAUUUACCCCUGGUUAGUCCCUCUUUGUUCUGUCUGCUCUGUCCUUUUGCUGUUCCUUUUGUAUAUCCUGGUUUACCUUUAUCUUGUCUCACACUUGAAGUUCUUUCUUCUUGUCCUUCGGCCAGCUCUGCCUAAUCCUUAUAGGUCAAAGGAUCCCUGCAGAGCACUUUGGGGAACAUUUCUCUCAGAAAUUGUCAGCCAUAAGCUCACCAGUUUAUGAUCAGUGAGGCCUCCAGGAUGGGUUAGGGGAUGGACCUAAAGGGUGGGAGAGAUUGGUCAGGAGAUUCCCAGAAUGGCGCUGGGCUUGGAAAGCUGGGGAAAAAAAGGAAAUUUGUGUUUCCAUCUAAAUGCAUCUGUGUGCCUUAGGGUCCAGCAGUUCAGGGAUGAGGGGUGUUUUGUGAAUGUUUCCUAAAUUCUCUCAGGUCUUUGGCCCAGUGUCACCAAGUUUGGCUGACCUUGGUAUUUUAGUAGUUGCUGGAAGGAAAAUAGCAUAUUGAGUAGUCUGGCGUCAAGAAUGGGGAGGUGUCAGAUGAGAACAGCCCUAGAGGGUGGGAAACAGGAGAAAGGGGCCCAGUGGUUAGCUUAUCCCCAGACUAUUCUCCAUUCCUCCAAGAAUUGAGUACAAGAGCUGAUUUAGGGAGUUAAAAACACUCCCCAUUCCCCACCAAAAAUCUCUCUAAUAUUUUGAGAAGGAGCAUGUGCCCUUUUCCUUUCAAUGGGAAAAAUCUAGCAUAGUGUUUAAAAGCAUGGGUUUUGGAGUCAGAUGUGUUCAGAUUACUAGCUUUGCUACUUACUAGCUGAAUUUGACCUCAGUUGAUUUACUUAACCUCUCUGAGCCUCAGUUUCCUCAACUCUAAUGAUAUAUGGGGGUGGGGGUAGGGAGCCACUGAAAAUAUCUACCUCAGGGUUGUUGGAUUAACCGAAACAAUGUCUGUAAAGCUUUAGCACAGUGCCUGGCAAGCACUUAAUAAACAGCUGUGGUGGUGGUG